GCAAAGAAUGUUGCCUGAUAAGAAGCAGGAACUGGUUAGAUGGAAACAAGACUGGGAAUAAAAUCAUCUCUCACACUAAAUCACUUACUGACUUACUGACUACAUCGUCUGACUGAAGCUGCUGACAUGAAACUGACAACUCCGCUACUUCGAGUACUACCACUAGUACUACCACUAGUACUACCACUACUACUACCACUUCUGCUGUCUCUGGCCGUCCAGCAGAGCAGCGGCCGACUGGUCUCCAGAUGUGAGCUGAGGGACAAACUGAGGGAGAAGAUCGUCCUCUCAGACCAGACCACAAACCUCACCCAAGAAGUCUUGACCUUACUUGUGUGUCACUUGGAGAAGACGUCCCAGAUGAACACCAGCGCCGUGACCAUAUUUGGCGAGCGCAUCAGCACGCCACGGGACGAGCAGGCUCUCCCGAUGACCUCCGACCCCACGGUUCCCGCCUUCACCAACGCGACUUCAAGUGACACCGACGCCAGCGACACAAACAUCGAGUGGAGCGACGACACAAACGUUGAGUGGGGCGACGACACAAACGUCGCUGAGGGAAGUUAUGGCGAGGACACGCUGGCGUCCGAGAGCCACGCGGAAGUCAACAUGGCCGACUUGUGGCUGCUGAUGGAGACUCUGAACAAGGAAGAGAGCGAGUUCGACGAAGAAGAGCUGGAGAGCGCCGACGACAAGCUGAGCGAAGACGGCGGCGACAACGGCGCCCUGUGGUCGCUGGGCUAUCACGGCCUCUUCCAGCUGUCAGACAGCUUCUUCUGCCAGUCCGACGCCCGCUGGAGUCAGAACGUCUGCAACACCACCUGCGGCGCCUUCACGGAUGAUGACAUCACCGACGACCUGGAGUGCUUCGUCAAGAGUCUUUACUGGCUGUACGCGCUGAGGACGUCCUCGUACGACUGCUUGCGGGCCACCGACUUCUUUCAACAAUGCGACUAGUUCGCCGCCCACGUGUGCCUAAUGAAGCGGCCCAUGCAGACAGGAAGUGUCGCCGGACCCCUCGCCAAAAUAAACUCACUUUGAGCUUGUCAAAUGGGCAGAAAAAUAAAGGCAAUUAAAAAAAAAAAGAAGAAGUUGUUAAAGGGCACAACACACCUUGCUGGAGAAUGCGGAGGUACUUUUUCCUUCUUACAACAGAUGGUUUGACAAAAAAAAAAGACUUGCUCUAAUCUCAGCAAAACUAAAAUAACGAUGUUCAGCGAUAGCAGAACAGAAAGUCAAACACAAAUGCAAACAGACGGACAUUGGAAGUGUCAAAGAAACCACAUUUGGGGAAUAAUAGGAGACGAUAAAAAGAACUGGAAACCUCAUAUAAAAUAUAUAUCAUAAAAUGGCAAGAAACAUGUCAAUAAUUAACUAGAGGUUACGAUUCCUUAUGUGCGCACACCGCCCAAACGCCGCUAUGUGUGAGUGGAACUGAAAUGCUUGAAUGUCCAGGGUGAGUGGAGUGUGUGGGUGUUGGAACGGUUCAAAUCGGUUGAGAAAUGUGGGAUAUGGAGAGGUUUGUAUGUCGCCCAUUCAUUGGCAAUGGGGAGGAAAUUCCCGGAAAACCGGGAAUUUUGGAAAGGGAAAAACAUGUUUUGCGUUCGAUAUAUGGUGGAAGAGUAGUGUGUGUGGAUGGUUGAAAGCUCGGAGUUGGGUUUAAAAAUGCAGAGAAUUUAGGGCUUUGUAGAACUACUAAUAUGUCCAUUCAUUUAAAUAGGAAUUUCCUGGAAAUUUCGGGGAAACCCGGAAUUUUUGGAAAUAUUGAUACUAGCACAAUUGUCCUAAAAGAUAUGAAUGGGUUGGUGUUGGGAUUUUUGGAAUCGGUUGAAAAAUGUUGACCUAGUAACAGUUUGAACUGAGAAGGGGUAUUUCAGAAUUCCUGGAAUUUCGGGAAAAACGGGAAUUUGUACGAAAAACAAAAAAAAGGGGCAUUUGUUGUCCCCACUAAGAGGAAUGUUUUGAGAUGGAAUGGUCAAAAUGGUGGGAAAAUGGGGAUAGGGAAAACUGUCCAGGAAGAGGUGAAAAUAGGGCUUGGGAAAACAGGGAAUUCCUGGAAUUUUUUAGGACCUUUGAAAAUGGUAGUGUGAUUGUGCAAGGUGAGUGGAGUGUGUAGAUAGUGGAAUGGUUCGAAUCGGAUGAGAAAUGUGGGAUAUGCAGUAGAUUGUACAUUUCCCAUUCAUUGUCAAUAGGGAGAAAAUUCCAGGAAAACGAGAAUUUUGGAAAGGGAAAACAUGUUUUGCGUUUGAUAUAUGGUGGAAGAGUAGUGUGUGUGGAUGGUUGAAAGGUCGGAAUCGGGUUUAAAGAU